AUGCCGAGAAAAGUACAAGCGGAGCUUCAAGAAUGCAUAAAAGAAAUCGAGAAGGUCAUAGAGAAUAGUAAAACACCCAAAGAAAGAAUUACUCUAAAGAGAAAAAAAAUGGAAAGGCUUGGCGGACAUGUAAAGAAAUAUACCGUCCCACUUAACCGUAUAAUUCAAAGAAUAGAAACAAAAAAAGCAAGUGCAAUUGCAGAGAGAGAAAGACUGGAAUUUAUGGGAAUAUCUAAGAAAAAAAGAAAAAAGAGGUAG